GCCAAAGGAGCGGACGCAGAGCAAGGCACUCACAGCGACGGGUCAGAAAGCAAGAACGUCGGUCGCCGGAAUAUCGUGCUUGAGAAGAUUCAAGACCAAUUAUAAUCGUCGCAGAAACUCCUCCAUGCCGCCCCUCCCGCUAGCACUAGUGAUAGACAAAGAUUGCUCUUCGGGUUUCAUUUGCUACGAACUUAUCAUACCCCAUUCGCGUGAAGAUGAGAUGAUUUAGACUUUAUAGACACCAUUGCUUCUUCGUAUUUUCAUUUUCGUAAAUAGCUGCGUCUGAUUGCGAUUUCCGUAUAUCUGGGAGCAAGCUUCUUGAUUCGUGACUAAGUAAAACCAGAGGGAGGUCCACGGGGCCGGGGGUAAGAGGAGCCGCAGGCACGCAUUCUUCCCCAAGGACGUGCUUUCGGGAUUACAACUUCUCAUCCACCCUAGAGGAGCAAUCGAUUCGUCGGCGAAAGGAGAAACCGGCCCCAUGACGACGUCCUUCCAGACGAUAGAGCCGCCUGCCGGCAUGGGAGAGCGGCACGCAGGACCUGCACUUGCGGCGCAGGCUCAGAUGAGUAUGACGCAUCGGCAAUUUAGCGACGAAGAGAUAAAGGAGGUACUACCUCCUACGUGGUCAUUCUAAUGUUUACCCACGUCUUUGACUUUGAUGACCCUGCAACGUCGGCGCCUCUGCGCUGUCCCCAGGAGAAAGCGAUCCUCUCAGUAUUGUAAAGAGUUUCUAAUAGAAACUCUUCAGUAUUGCGAAAAGGAAAGUGACAGUAGCAUUGCGAAGAUGCGGUCGCUUAUUAAGGCACUUUUCAACAACUUAUGACAGGCAUUUGAAACGUUUGAUUUGGACAACAAUAAUUUUGUCGGAGCGGCAGAAAUCAAGCACAUUCUUGGCCUUGUGGGCGAGAAGGCAACCGACGAUGAGGUCGACGAAAUGAUACGGAUGUGCGACGCCGAUGGAGACGGGCAGGUCACGUUUGACGAAUUUUACAAGUUGAUGUCAAACCCCUACAAGGAGCGACCACUCCCCACGAUGCCCAAAACGCAGUUCGUUAUCGCAGCGCAUCCCCGUCUGGGGCCCACCGCACCGAAGGGUGGCAUCGAUAAACCUGUGCCAAAAACUAAGGUGGCCGAGGUUCUGCAGGACGUCAUCACGCAGCUAGCGGGCGGUAUACCUCCAUCAACACUUUUUGAUGUACCAACUGAAUUUGGCAGUGCUGAAAUAUAAUUACGCGGGCGCGCGCUAUUGAAUUCGUUAGAGUUGUCUCAGGACGAGUUGGUUUUUUGCGUACAUCCACACGGCCACUUCGACGCAGAACGAGGACCGGGACUCGUGCUGCAACCAUAGAUUUUUGUGAGAUUGCUUCGAUGUCGACGAAUGCGAAUGGUAUUUUUAUUUCUUUUCUCGUCCUCAUCUCAGGUGGUCGGCUGAAGCCAAGUCACAUCAAGAAAAUUUACAAGUCGUUUCAAGCGGUGGAUAAAGACGGCACGGGUUUUGUAGAUUACCCCGAGUUCCUGGAGGUCCUGAAGCAAAACGACUCCGCCAUCAUGAAAGAGGUCUUUAAACUGUUCGACUUGGAUAUGGAUCUGUCAGGAUUGAAAUCGUCAGAGUUGAGAUGAUUUGUGACGCAUGCAAUGGAUACUAGUUACGUUAGAACUACAGUUUGUAGUCGCUGCGUGACAAAUUUUGUCCGUACGGGAGGCCAAUUUGUCAUGCUGCUUAGGGCAAAGGGGCUCCCCUCUGUGAUGCUAAUCAGCAGCCCAAUUCUCGACCCUUACCAGCACUACAAUCUGCCUCCCUUGCGUCCUCUGCAAGAGAGGCAAUUUCUGUGUUGCAUUCUAUGCAAGACAAACUAUUGCAACUCUGACGAUUUCGAUCCUGACGCUUCCAUAUUGGACUUCAACGGGACGGUCGAACUGAAGGAGUUUGUGACGGUCCUUUCCUCCUUCACCACCGCAACCAAGACUGACAAACUCAAAUUCGCAUUCAUGAUGUUCGUAUGCGAGGCGGAAGCAAAAACUCCUCGAUGCUCACGUGAAGGUUGUAUGCGUGAAGACGCGAAGAACGACAUGCAGGUCUAUGCAAAUAGAAAUAGUUGUUGCAAGUAGGAGAAGGACCUGGACCACUAAACCUAAAGCAAGAAAAAAAUGAUGACUCGCUCGCCUUCUUCGCUAUUGCAAGUAUGAUGUGGGAGCUUCUUCUAAAUUCAAAUUCGCAUUAUCGUCGAUGGGGGCGCUGUUCCGCUGCAUAGCUGGACGAGGACGGAAGCGGGCAGCUGGAGCGUGCAGAGUUGGAGCGUAUUCUGCGCGCAAAUUUUAUGACCGCGAACCUCCUCCAAAACGAGAUUGAACGCAAGGCGGAGGACAUAUACAAAGCCAUCGGGCUUGACAGCGGCACGCCUUUGACGUACGAGCAGUUUAUGGACCUUUCGAAGUCCCACAUAGAGCUGCUGUACCCUGUCGCACAGAUAAAAAAGACCAUCAACGAUCGUGCGUAGAUGAAAUGAGAAGACGGAACAAGAGGAGGCGUUGUUCCUUCGGCGAAUUCGCAGAAGCAGAAACUGAAACCGGGUAGCUCCUGUGCAGUGCAGACGCGAUUGGGCUGAUCUUAAGUGGAGAUGAGAAUGUUGUAACUGGACUUCACUUUGAUGUGAGAACGGCUGUCCUCGUCCGCCAGGCCUUAAUCGCAGAACAGCAAACGUGAGCAACAAAUGUGUGGUGCAAAUGGAAGUUGGUUUCAGUACGCGAAACUGCUGCUUGCGAAUGAACUUCUUUCGAAGAAAAGGCGCUUCUUGAUUAUCCGCUUCAUCGGCCCCAAUAUUUGAAGAUUUUCUUGAACUUGAUGUUUCCUACGAGGGCGUCAGGCUCCCGGUCGAACCCGGAAGUUGCGAGCAAUUUUGACUGCAAAUUUGAACACCGGAGGAGCCGCUCGAAAGAGGCGUCAGCACUUUCAUUCCACGAAGCUCACCACAAUGAAUCGGUCCUCUGCAUCUGCAAUUAAUCGCAACGUCGCACGCACAUCAAGAUGCCGCCGUAAAAAUAUACAGGAAAAAAAUGAAAAUCUAAAUCACUGCUGCGAG